GUUGCAUCAAAUGGUUGAAAGGUCAUACUGAUACUAUCAGCGGUGUAAUGUACAAUUGCAAAGAUGAGCACCUAGCUUCUAUUAGUCUUAAUGGGAAUCUUAUACUUCACAACCUUGCUUCUGGUGCAAAGGCUGCUGAACUCAAGGAUCCAAAUGGGCAGGUUUUGAGAGUGCUUGAUUAUUCUAAGAUUAGCAGGCACUUAUUGGUGACAGCUGGUGAUGAUGGAUCUAUCCACCUGUGGGAUACAACUGGUCGCAGCCCCAAGGUUUCUUGGCUAAAGCAGCACUCUGCACCAACUUCUGGUGUUAGUUUCUCACCAUCAAAUGACAAGCUUGUUAUGGGAUUCCGGUUGGCGCUUGGCUGGUACUUUUUCUAUGAUUUUGAUCGGGUUUUUGUCGCCUGA